AUGUACGUUGCUUCCAUGCGCAAGUCUUUCAAGGAUUCCUUAAAAGUCCUUGAAGCUGAUAUUCAACACGCCAAUACUCUGGCAUCAGAUUUUCCUAGGGAGUAUGAUGGUGCAUGUGUUCAGAUGAGGAUGUCAUAUAGUCCAGCUGCGCACUUGUUUCUGUUUUUUGUUCAAUGGACUGAUUGUCAUCUUGCUGGAGCUCUUGGAUUGUUAAGAAUCUUGAUUUACAAGGUCUAUGUGGAUGGAACAACCACCAUGUCUACCCAUGAAAGAAAAGCAAGUAUAAGGGAAUUCUAUGCUGUCAUUUAUCCCUCUUUAUUGCAACUUGAAAAAGGUGUCACUGAUUCUGAGGAUAAAAAACAAAAAGCUGUGUGUAUGGAGAGGUACCGUCGAAGAGAUGACGAUGAUUUCAGGCAAUCUUCUGAUAUAGACAUUGAAAGAGAGGAAGAAUGUGGGAUAUGCAUGGAGAUGAAUAGUAAAAUUGUGUUGCCUAACUGUAAUCAUGCUAUGUGCCUCAAGUGUUACCGAGAAUGGCGAACAAUAUCACAGUCGUGCCCUUUUUGCCGUGACAGUCUGAAGAGAGUGAACUCGGGGGAUCUCUGGGUAUUCACUGACAGAAGGGACGUGGUUGAUAUGGCAACUGUGACAAGGGAGAAUCUCAGAAGGGUUUUCAUGUACAUAGAUAAGUUGCCUUUGAUUGUUCCAGACUCCAUCUUUGACAUGUAUGACUCUCACAUAAAAGUUGCAGUUCAUGCUUCCCACUUCUACCAAAAAAAAUAUCCAGCCCUUGUUAUUGUGGGUUGGUGGUGA